GUUGCUGCGCGUGCGGAUGACGUAGUUCACAUGCGCCGCUGUUUAUGUGAGUUGAAUUCAUUGAAACUCGUAAUAUUAUUGUGAUACGAUUUGUUUAGUGUACCGCGGCACGUUGAAUGUUUACGUAAAUUAAACAGAUGGACAUAAAUUGAGCGACCAAUCUGUGUUCAAGUUUGAUUCUGAGGCUGCUUAUAAUGAGGAUAAAUGAAGAUACAUUACUGGAGGGGGAGAAGGUCGUAUUAGUACCUUACAAUGCAGAUCAUGUUCCCAGGUAUCAUCAAUGGAUGUGCUCUCCUGAACUGCAGAAGCUGACUGCAUCAGAGCCCCUGACACUGGAGCAGGAAUAUGACAUGCAAAGAAGCUGGAGAGAAGAUGAUGACAAGUGCACCUUCAUCAUUUUGGACAAACAAAAAUGGGCAGAUCCGAGUAUACCGGAGCAAGAGUGCAUGGUGGGAGAUGUAAACAUUUUCCUCACAGACCCCAGUGAUGCUUCCCUGGCUGAACUGGAGAUCAUGAUUGCAGUACCCUGCUACAGAGGAAAGGGACUUGGGAAAGAAGUGACACGCAUGAUGAUGUGCUACGGUGUCCAUAAACUUGGAGUUCAAAAGUUUGAAGUUAAGAUAGGUUUGGAUAACAAAAUCAGCAUCGCCAUGUUCAAGAAUUUCCACUUCAGAGAGCUGUCCAUCAGUGAAGUCUUUCGGGAGGUCACUCUCGGGGUCACCAUGAACGAGGCUUUACAGAAGCAUGUUUUUGGAAAUAUGGAUUUCAUGCUGCAGAGGGAGUAUGGGAAGGCGCGGGACAUCCGACAGGCACCAUUCACACAAUUAUCUCUGUGAUAAUAGUUUGUAGGAGACUAUAUGUAAAGAGAACAGCCUUGCAGUGCAUCUCAAUAUGAAAUAUUAAUCACUCACUGUCACAGAAAGCUGAGGUAGUAGUAUUUUUUUGUCACAGUCUCAUGUGACAAAAUAUUUCUGAAUUCUAAUUCAGAAUUAAAUGUGAUGACUCAACCACACAUUCAGUACUGUGUUGUUAGAAAUAUUAUUAUUGUAUUGUGAUUUUAACCUCUUAAGGCAUGGAAACUGCUAUAAACAAUCUCCAAUUUAGACCUUUUAAUCUGCUUAUUAUUUGCAUACUGCAUGUUUUAAAGAAAUAAUUUAUGUGAGUAAAACAGAUAUUAAUUAUAUUUGUUGCUUAUAUCAUUGUAAAUCUUUGUGAAAACACUCGAGAUACUAAACAGUUAAGUCUUUUAUGUAUUUGUGUUGUAGUACAUUUAUGGUCUUUCUCAUCCUCGGAACAAUACCAACAAAAAUAUAUAGUCUUAAACACAUUUGUUGUGCAUUGAUGCUAACAAUAAAAAAAUAAUUGUUUUAUGA